GAAGGGCGUCAAUGCGAGGAUUGGUCACAAACUUAACAUGAAAAGAGAAAAGGCUGUCGACUGGGAGAUGGAGAGCGAGGAAGAGCUGGUCUUGGUCAACGGAAACUGCAGUGACCCACCCCCCGAGGAGAAAGACAACCCCCCUGCGGAGGUCAAAGGAAAGGCGGACAUUGCAGACGCCAGCAAGGCAGAAAAAGGGGCCUGCAAGGCGAAGGAGAAAAGCAAGUCUGAUGACGUCCCCAAGGAAGGGCAGGAGGUCCCGGUGCGUGGAAGCGCUGGCUGGGAGAACAGCCUGCGGCAGAAACCGCCUCCCCGUAUCGUCUUCCAGGCUGGGCCGACCUCGCAGGAGAAGAAACCCAGAGACGACGUGGAGAGCGUAGAGGGUUUCAAAGAGCGCCACAAAAUCAGGCACUCAAAGAGGCUUUUUCGAAGUGCCCAGAUAAAUUAUUCGGAGGAAGAGGAGAAUUCCUGGACCUCCAGGCAGAGCAACAGCAGCAGAGUCCCGAACGGCUGUGACUACAAGGCAUUGAGAAGGGCAGAAGAAUACCAGGAUGGGAAGGAUUUUGGAAUUGGGGAGCUCGUCUGGGGCAAGAUCAAAGGCUUCUGCUGGUGGCCUGCCAUCGUCGUGUCGUGGAAGGUGACCUCCAACCGCCAGGCGGCUCCUGGCAUGCGCUGGGUCAAAUGGUUUGGGGACGGAAAGUUUUCCGAGAUCUCCGCAGAUAAACUGGUGGGGUUGACGGCGUUCCAGGAGCAUUUCAACCGCGCCACGUUUCAGAAGAUGGUGUCUUACCGACAAGCGAUUCUUCAUGUUCUGGAGGUUGCGAGCAGCCGAGCUGGCAAGACGUUUCCCAGUGCUGUUGGGGACUCUCUGGAGGACAAGCUGAAGCCCAUGGUGGACUGGGCCAUCCGGGGAUUCAAGCCUACUGGAGAGAAGGGGUUAAGGCCCCCCAAGACUUCGGAGGUUAAAACCUUCCCCACCAUCAUCAUGGAGGAUCCCGCCCCCCCCGAACCUGCCCCCCCGCCCAAGCGCCUUAAGACCAAUGGCUGCAGUGGCGGCAGCAGCAAGGAGUCGGUGGAGGAGAACCAAACCAGAGAACGGAUGGUUUCCGAAGCCAAAAAUAACAAGAAGAGCUUGGAAGACAGCUGCCUGUCCUGUGGGAAGAAGAAUCCGGUCACUUUCCACCCGCUGUUUGAAGGGGGACUCUGCAGGACCUGUCAGGACCGGUUUCUGGAGCUUUUCUACAUGUAUGAUGAAGAUGGGUACCAGACUUACUGCACCAUCUGCUGUGAAGGAAGCGAGUUACUCCUCUGUGACAAUGCCAGUUGCUUCAGCUGCUUUUGUGUGGACUGUUUGAACACCUUGGUGGGGCGAGGUUCGGCUGAAGCUGCGCGGAAGGAAGAGCCCUGGAGCUGCUACAUGUGCCAGCCACAACAGCGCUAUGGAGUCCUGCUGCGACGGCACGACUGGAACACGCGCCUGAAGGGGUUUUUCACCAACGAGGACGGGCAGGAAUAUGAGGUACCAAAAAUCUACCCUGCCAUCCCAGCAGCAAAACGGAAGCCAAUUAGAGUGUUGUCUCUCUUUGAUGGCAUCGCUACAGGUUACCUGGUUCUGCGGGAUCUUGGCAUCAAAGUGGAAAAAUACAUCGCUUCUGAAAUCUGUGAAGAAUCCAUCAGUGUGGGGACUGUGCGGCAUGAAGGAAACAUCAAAUAUGUGCAUGACGUUAGGAACAUAACCAAGAGACAGAUUGACGAAUGGGGCCCCUUUGAUCUGGUGAUUGGUGGAAGUCCAUGCAACGAUCUCUCCAUUGUAAAUCCUGCCAGGAAGGGUUUGUAUGAAGGGACCGGCCGCCUUUUCUUUGAGUUCUAUCACCUCCUGAAUUACACUCGCCCCAAAGCUGGAGAAGACCGGCCUUUCUUUUGGCUCUUCGAAAAUGUCGUUUCCAUGAGGGUCAAUGACAAGAGGGACAUCUCCCGUUUUCUGGAGUGCAACCCAGUUAUGAUCGAUGCGGUCAAGGUUUCUGCUGCACACCGAGCCAGAUAUUUUUGGGGCAACUUACCAGGAAUGAACAGGCCCCUGGUAGCAUCCAAGGGAGACAAGCUUGAACUUCAGGAUUGCCUGGAGUACAGCCGGACGGCGAAGAUGAAAAAGGUCCAGACCAUCACCACCAAGUCCAACUCCAUCCGCCAAGGGAAGGCCAAGACGCUGCCGGUGUGCAUGAACGGGAAAGACGACAAUUUGUGGUGCACGGAGUUGGAAAGGAUCUUCGGUUUCCCACUUCACUACACCGACGUGUCCAACAUGAGCCGCCUAGCGCGCCAGAAGCUGCUCGGGAGGUCGUGGAGCGUCCCGGUCAUCCGCCACCUGUUUGCCCCCCUGAAGGAUUACUUUUCCUGCGAUUAGGCUGCAGGGCUCCUCCGGUCUCCUCAGAUAACACCCCCGGGCGGAGGGAGAAGAGCAAGCCAAGGAGACCCUCUCCGCAGAAAGGUUCUUUCAAUCCUCGGUGACUUUCUUCAAAGCUCGCAAGGCCUUUGCGUUCCCGUUGUGCCAAAAAACGUUGGGGAGCCGCGAAGGCAGCGUUCAUCCCUCGUGCCGUGCGGAGGAGACGCGGCAGUUCGGCAGCUGCGAGAAGAAAACCCAGACUUCAGAUAGGAAGCUUGCAUGAUCCAAUCCCUAAGAAACCCCAACUGUAGCAAUGAGCCAGCUUGACUCGUGUUUCAUACACUAUUCGCACUGGAAAAAUGGGAAGAUUCCUUUUCUUUUUCUUUUUAAACCUUUUUUUUUAAAGAAAGUAAAACUUGUGGGGGUGGGGAAGAGACUUUUAGAGCUGCUUGCAGCAUGAUGGGACGAUGUGGAAAGGAGUUUGGCUGAAAUAAAGCCAUGCGAUAAUCAUCCUGAAUGGAACAAAAUGGAAAAGUAAGCCUGCGAUAUGCCUCUGGGUAUACUUUUAAACUACACUAUGCUUUCAGUGCAGAGAAAUGCAUUCAGGGUAUUUUACUGGAAAGAACACCCUUCUUUUCAGCGUGCCUCGAUUUCUUUUUGCAGCGAGCAAGAGCUGUGCGGGAGCAUUUGCACAACCGUAGUCCCUUCAGAGGCAGGGACAUUCCCAGCGGGCAGUGGAGGGAAAGGGGAACAACAGCAUCGCGCUCACCAAAAAGAAAAUCUACAGUUGUUUACGGUGGUUUGGCCAGAAAAGACUCCUUCCCUCUGAAGAACCGUACCGAUGGCUCGGUCCUCUUGACGGAGAAACAGUUAAAAGCUGCUGGAAGAUUCUCGCCCUGUGGCUGCUUUGCCUUGUUAGGCCCCCAGUGGACUUCAUCGGGUCUGGCCCUAAUUGAUGCUGCUAUUUUCAUGGUGAAUGUUGAUCGUUUCCUCCACUGUCAAUACUUUAUAACCCCGAUUUCGUCGGACGAGGGCGAGAGUUUGGCAGAAUCGAUUCCGCCACCUGGGGGAUAAAGGCAUCCUGUGAUUUUUGUAGGCUUUACUGGACCCUGUUCUCUCAUUGCUACCAUCUGCUAAUCAGAAACCAUACCGCAAUACUGGCAAUCAGCUUUUGCACGUUCACCUCUGUGGGCAGCUGCGCAUCGAAGCCGCAUGCUUCUCGGUGCCUCCUGGUGUCUGGGACGAACCAAAUCGGGUUAAUUGCGUAGGAUGUGACUGAAUGAUCCUUUCCAUUCCCUGCUGCCAGGAUGUCAUUUGUCAAGAAAGAGAUUUCUCCAGAGGAAGCAAAUCUUUCCUCUCCGCGGUGGCAGAAACAGAAGUGCCCGCUUUGCCCUUUGAACCAACAACCUUUCUUGCCUUUGGAGACGGGGGCUUGACUUGGACGUCAAGGUUGCCAAAGUCCCUUAGGAAACACACCUUGGAUUGCAGAUUGUCAAUCGGUUAGGGACAUCUCUUGAGUCAGCCGCCGCAGAAGAGGGACCGCCGUACAGAGCGAUCGCAACCCUACGCUCAUGCGCCGCUCCUGCUGUGUUCAUUUCACUGAGGGCAAACAGCGGCUCUCGGUGGAUUCUCCUUCCCCUUCUUUGUCAGUAUUUGAGGUGGUCGAAUGAAUGCCAGUUCAUGUUAUCCAACAAUGCACUAAGGGCCUUGAACUCCAGAAAGUAUUGCAUCAACGGGAGGGGUGAAAGGUGUGCCCAAAUCCAGGUGGGUCCUGUGCCAAGAGGGCUGCCCCAGCCACGGCCUGGCUGGGGGCUCCUCUCUCCAUCUCUUCGCCUGGCUUCCCUUGCCCUGUGAAGUAUGCCUGCUGCAAUUCUCGAGCAGCGGGCAUCAGAAUGAAUCCUCCUCUGCUUCGGGAGCCCCUCUUUGAAUGAUGAGUCUCAGGGACAAGCAAGCGCCGAUAUUCACUGUUUGUAAAUGAAUGCCAGUAAUUUAGAAUAGGAGUAGAGAUUCCUUGGAAGACACUUACCGCUGGAGUACUGAAUUCCUGAGCCGCUGAAUCCCUGACCGUAUGGGGUGGCGUGUGUGCACACGUGCACGAGUGCUAUUGGCUAUACCUCUGGGUGUUGAACAAUCAUAACUCUAUUAUAUGUGAUGUGUAUUUGCUGGUUUGACUUUUGGACUGUUCACUCUGAGAGCACUGAAUCCUCUGUCCUCUGAAAGGGUCUGAACACCGAACGCUACGAGCAAAGGAACGGGGCCAACAGGGAACGCACCGCGGCCCCCCCUUGUCCGUGGAGUUCAGGGGUUGGGGUGGAAAUGUGGAUGCUGGUAGUUCAGUCAGCCACGUGUGCCUUCUGCUUCUCUCCCCUUCUUUUUUCCCCCCCUUUCAAGGGCAGACUAGCAAAUCUCCCAUCUUUGGUCUCCAGUAAGAUUUCUAUUUUAUCCCUUCCUGUUCGUAAGAAAACAUUAAAACGAGAACUCUCCGGAUGAGAGGAGGAUGAGCGUUGGGAAGCGAAAGAGUAGCAAGCCACGUUUUUACGGCAUUUUUAAGAGAGAACAUUUCCAAGAUGUUUAAAAGACCUUCCCGUUCUCAUAUUGGUGCUAUGUUUUUAGACUUUUUAAUGUCAAAACGGUGUGUGCUUUUAUAUAAUCUUUUUUUUAAAAUAAAACUCUACCUUUUUUCUCCCCCUUCUCUUUUAAUGAGCUUCCUGGAACUGAAGCUCAACCCCAAAGCGGACAACCGUAACUGAGCCUUUUGUGUGGGUGAGAAAACCAGUUUUUUCUUUUGUGUUUUAGUGCUGGAAACCAAAAGGAAUGGUUUUGACACAAGUUUACCUUGAACAUUUAUCACGGUUUGAUUAAA